AUGCAUUGGAAAGGCCUGCGAUUCGUCCCCGAUGGCAGCUCCAAGCGCCAGAGCACCAUUGAAACCCAAGGCCAGGGUCGCCGCAGCGAACACCUCCCGCGUCCCUUGCCCCCCAUCACCGAACCGAGAUAUUCAGAGUCGACCCCUCGCUUCCUGGAGCCGGAUUCAGAGAACACUGGCACCGAGACCACCGAUGGCGCAGCACCGCAGCUGCGCGUCCCGGAGCAGGGGCCAGCGGCUGGGUUCGCGCGGACAGAUGGCACUGCCGGCCCCUCGACUGGGGAUACCCCUAGCCUGCGGAGGAACCGAUUCAGUUUCAUGAGACUACGCCAUGCAUCUGAUCCCCAGCUCUCCAAGUCUUACGCUAAGGCAGAGGAAGCUCCCCCAGUACCGUCGCUCCCGCCUCCCAAGAUUAUCACCACGGCCCCAACCAGCCACGAACUUGACCAGCCCGUCAAACAGCGGCACAAGCUCAGGCUCCACCCUUCGUCUCGGAAACACUCCAUGGAAGAUCUCUCUCGCAAUUCAGGUGACCACCCCCGGAAACCGGAGCGGAAGAAUCAGGGAUCGACCGACUCCCAGAUCGCCGACUCGAGCCUCUCGACAUUCCAGACACCCAUCGCAGAGGAGCCAGGACGAUUAUCAACCGCUUCACUGCGCAGUGGAAGUCGAGAUCAACCGACCAACGAGUCGCAGCGAUCGUCCGUGUCAGUUACAGACGCCCGGUUCUCGGAAUCCUCCCGCUCGGACCAUAGCUAUGGUGACCAGACGUUCCGGACGAACUCCCCUCGCGAUGGCCACACAUCAGCCAGCAAGCGAUUCCGCCUGCCACGGUUAAAACGAACCCGCAGCCCUCUGUUUCCCUUGCCGCCAAAGCUCCCACCACCUACAACCAAGUCCCCUCCCGUUGGUACCCCGAGAUCAGACGGUUCGGAACAAGAUCAAGUCUCGCCGCUGCCCUCACCGUCGCGCUCCUCGGUUGGUCUGGCUGGCACAGGCACCCCACUGCUCUUCCGCAAUAAUUCGACGAAUUCGGCUCGCUCCGUUCGAUCCAACCCAUCUCAUAUGGCCCGGGGGAGGUCCUCCACCAUGGGAUCGGUUGCCGAGCACAAUGUGGAGGAAAUGUCUCCAGUUCCCUAUCUGGUGUCGUCUGGGCGGACAUCGACUUCGACGAGUGGGCGUAAAAGCUUUGGAGAUAUUUUCAACAUUUCUCAGCGAUUGCGACAAAAUUCCGAGCCCCCGAUUCCGCGCCAUGGUUCUCCUGGAACAGGCGGAGCCGCAACUCCGAUCAAGCCAGAUCUUGUUCCGCUCCCCGAGCGCGAAGAAGAGGAUACACCGGCCACCUACUUGACGAAGCUGGAGGACCAGCUCCCGCGGGGCGCGAUUGGAGGUGUGCUGGCCCAGUCUGAUGAUGAGUUCUUCAAAGUUGGGCUCCGGAAGUACAUGCGAUCGUUCUCGUACUUUGGUGAUCCGAUUGACAUGGCUAUUCGCAAGCUGUUGAUGGAGGUGGAAUUGCCCAAGGAGACCCAGCAGAUCGACCGUUUCCUGCAGGCAUUUGCAGACCGCUAUCACGAAUGCAACCCAGGAAUCUUUGCAUCGACAGACCAAGCCUACUUCAUCGCAUUCUCCAUUCUCAUUCUGCACACCGAUGUGUUCAACAAGAACAACAAGCGGAAGAUGCAGAAGCCGGAUUAUGUCAAGAAUUGUCGAGGCGAGGGUAUCGCCGAAGACAUUCUCGAAUGUUUCUAUGAGAACAUCUCAUACACCCCCUUCAUCCAUGUUGAGGAUGCAAACCUCCGCGACCGUCAUCUCGCUAAACCACGGCGCACCUUGUUCAAAAGCACCAGCUCUGAGCAUUUGCCACGGAUGGGGAGGGAACUUGUGGACCCCUACACGCUUAUCAUGGACAACAAGCUCGGCACUCUGAGACCCAGUUUGAAGGAAGUCAUGGAGCUUGACGACACAUACAACCACGUCGGAACUACCGGCCCGCCUGAUAUGGAUGAUCUUCACCAAGCAUUCACGAAGUCUGGUAUCUUGCAGAUUAUUUCUUUGCGCUCUCGGCCCGACGCGUUCAUGCAAGCAAGCCUUGAUAACCCAGCCGACUCUCACCCGGGUUUAGUUGACAUCAAAGUGGCCAAGGUCGGCUUGCUUUGGCGGAAGGACCCGAAGAGGAAGCGAGCGCGAUCGCCAUGGGCUGAAUGGGGUGCGGUUCUCACUUUCUCCCAGCUCUACUUCUUCCGGAAUGUGACUUGGGUACGCUCCUUGAUGGCCCAGUAUGAUGCGUACGUCAAGAAUGGACGAAAAGGCACUCUUGUUUUUCGGCCUCCGCUUGCCGACUUCAAGCCCGAUGGCAUCAUGUCUACGAACGAUGCCGUCGCCCUACUGGACGAAAACUACAAGAAGCAUAAGCACGCAUUCUCCUUUGUUCGGCAUAAUGCGUUGGAAGAAAUCUUUCUGGCCACCUCGGAGCCCGAGAUGAAUGAUUGGCUCGCCAAGCUCAACUAUGCUGCCGCUUUCCGGACCACCGGCGUUCGUACUAAGGGCAUGAUUGACACCAACUACGAGGGCCAGCGAUACCGCAAGAGCCAGCGCAUGGGAUCUGCUUCCUCGCUUAGGUCGCGCCAGUCAGCGGACAAUGAACCGGCGUCGCCCAGCAUCGACACCGACCUUGUUGCGGAGUUUGUGGCUGCCCGGCGGCAGCUCAUGGGCCAAAAGAUUCGUGAUACCAACGAGAAGCUAUUUAUCACUCAGAGGCAACUGGACGGUCUCCUGCGGAAUGCACGGCAUUUGCAGAUCUUGACCCCGGUCACUCCCCGGGCUCGGGAGAAUGUCAUAAUGGCCGCAGGUCGCCUGGCUGCAAAACUCAGGUGGGUUCGACAGGAUAUCUGGCGCAACAAGUGCUACCGUGAAGUCCUUCUUCGGGAUCUCGGAACGGAGGAGAAUGUGGCGGAAGCUCGAACAGGAUCUGUGGCUGAAAACACUGUAUCGCCCGCCGACCCUGCACCGGCGGCAUCCGUGUCUGGGCCGUCCAUCACUUCCGAGCCCAGCGUGCGUCACGCUCCUAGCAUCAUACAAGCAGCUUCGAGCCACGAUACCAAUGAGCCAGCCGCCGCGGUGUCUGUUGACAAGCCUCCGGUGGACGCUGGUCUUCUUACCGAGCCACCGACUGAGGAAAUGCGUCGCCCAAGCCUGCCAGCGUCUACUACAUCAUCCGACUUUGCCCGUGUUGGACGACCGCUCUCAAUUACUAUUGUCUCUGAGCGUGGGUCGGAGAGUGCGUCACAAAUCGAACGGGAAGCGUCUGUCCUCAGUCGCGGCAGCCGGUUCGACGGCGCCAGUCUUGGCUCUCGAGCCUCGAAGAUCACCUCACCCGUAAGCUAUGAUGAAGGCGAGGAACGACUUCUUAGAGAGACUGGCCUCCUCGACCUCAGUGGCUCUCCCCCGCCACGUCAACCGGCGACCCCUCAACCGGAGAUAGAAGCUGAGAACAAGCCUGACGAGUCGUCCGAAGUCUCCCCAACCGACUCCAGACCUAGUCGUGUCCGCCGCAGUCUCCACCGAACCCUUCGUGAGCCGCAUCACGUUCAUCGACACCAUUCUCGCCACAAAAAGAACCACGGUUCUGCGUCCAGCCUUGGCGGCGCCGAGGACGACGAAAGUGAAGGGGGCGGUCUACCUCGCAAGACCCCUAGCUUCACGGUGCACGGCAAGAAAGCCUCCAUUAUCACGUUUGGAUCAGAAUGGCAGAACAUGCCUCCCGAAGAGCGUCUCAAGCUGCGGAAACCGACUCCUCAUGAGGAGUCGCGCGCUUCAGAUCCUGACGUGAUUGGCAGCGGCGAGUCCAUGACUUCAGACAACAAGCCCACCGGCCGGCCUCACUCAAUCCGUAGUGCUAGCACUACAACGGGGCUUAGCCUGUGCAGCGACGAUGAAACAAUCGAUUUCUUCAAGGAUGCCCGCGAGGUUAUGCCCACGGAAUCAUCGUCGCGGCCAAUCUCACAAGUUUUCUCUGAGCCCGAAGAAGCCCCCUCCGCGUCUGACCAACGAGACCCCAAGAACAAUUCCCCAUCGACAUCUGGCACUGGGACCGGGUCUGUCACCUACGGCAGCCACCUCACAGCGCCCGGCGAAGCUCCUUCAACGUCCUCUACGUCUCUCAGCGAGCGGGUUGUUGAUACCCCAUCCUCCGAGAACCUCCGGCAACAAGCCGUGGGCGCAUGA